AUGUAUCAUCUGGCCAAGUCACUAUAUACAUUUGCGACCAGCAAAGAGGAGUACUCUGUCCUCCUCUUAGGCCUGGAUAAUGCCGGAAAGACUACCCUUCUCUCUCAAAUCAAAUCGCUCUAUAUUCCCCGCGCUGAUGGUGUCCCCGCACCUAACCCCGGAAAGACCGUCCCCACCGUUGGUCAGAAUGUCUCAACAAUUCCCCUGUCAGAUAUGAAUCUCAAGAUUUGGGAUGUAGGUGGUCAAAUAUCUAUGCGGGGUCUAUGGCAGAGCUAUUACACUAGUUGUCACGCCAUAAUAUUCGUCGUGGACAGUGCAGAUGUGGGCCAAGAUUCCGACAUCACACGACUUCCCUCAGCACCCGGGCGCCGCACUAGCUCCGUACCAGGUUUGAAGCGUGAUAGUACAAGCGAGCACUUCACAGAACAAUCAGUCGGUAUCAAUGCUGGUGGAAUCGAGUUUGGACGACUAGAUGAGUGUCGACAGGUUCUUGAAUCAGUCUUGCAGAGUGCCGACGUAGCAGGGGUACCGAUCCUCGUGCUGGCCAAUAAACAGGAUCGUGAAGACUGUGUCGAGGUCGUUCGAAUCAAAGAGGGUUUCGUUCGCAAGGUCUUUGAAGGGGAGACAGGAAGCGGCGUCCGAGACAGUCGCGUGCUGCCGGUCAGCGCAUUGAUGGGAUCUGGUGUACAAGCAGCGGUGGAGUGGGUACAGAGUCGUGUAAAGUGGAAUAAAGAGAGCCGGCCACCGGUGAUGCGGUAA